AUGAGCAAGGACCAGCUGCUCUUUGCUGAGCGCCUGCCAUGGGUGGAGAGGAACCUGCUCUACGAGGAUGUGCACCAGGACGGAGGGCCCAGGGAGGCGGAGGACCUAGGCUGGAGCUCCAGUGAGUUCGAGAGCUACAGUGAGGACUCGGGGGAGGAGAUCAAGCCAGAGGCAGAGCCUGCCAAGCACCGAGUGUCCUUCCAGCCCAAGCUUUCUCCAGACCUGACUAGGCUAAAGGAGAGAUGCGCCAGGACUAAGAGAGACAUCUUGGCUUUAAGAGCUGGGGGGAGAGACAUGCAGGCGCUGAAGCACAAGUACGACUGUAAGAUGACCCAGCUCAUGAGGGCUGCCAAGAGCGGGACUAAGGACGGGCUGGAGAAGACGAGGAUCGCCGUCAUGCGCAAAGUGUCCUUUCUGCACAGGAAAGAUGUUCUCGGUGACUCGGAGGAGGAGGACAUGGGGCUCUUGGAGGUCAGCGUUACGGACAUCAAGCCCCCGGCCCCGGAGCUGGGCCCCAUGCCGGAUGGUCUGAGCCCUCAGCAGGUGCUCCGGAGGCACAUCCUGGGCUCCAUCGUGCAGAGCGAAGGCAGCUACGUGGAGUCUUUGAAGCGGGUACUCCAGGAUUACCGCAACCCCCUGAUGGAGAUGGAGCCCAAGGUGCUGAGCGCCCGCAAGUGCCAGGCGGUGUUCUUCCGUGUGAAGGAGAUCCUGCACUGCCACUCCAUGUUCCAGAUAGCCCUGUCCUCCCGCGUGGCUGAGUGGGAUGCGACCGAGAAGAUCGGGGACCUCUUCGUGGCUUCGUUCUCCAAGUCCAUGGUGCUAGACGUGUACAGCGACUAUGUGAACAACUUCACCAAUGCCAUGUCCAUCAUCAAGAAGGCCUGUCUCACCAAGCCCGCCUUCCUCGAGUUCCUCAAGCGGCGGCAGGUGUGCAGCCCGGACCGCGUCACGCUCUACGGGCUGAUGGUGAAGCCCAUCCAGAGGUUCCCACAGUUCAUCCUCCUGCUUCAGGAUAUGCUGAAGAACACCCCCAGGGGCCACCCGGACAGGCUGUCCCUGCAGCUCGCCCUCACGGAGCUCGAGACACUGGCCGAGAAGCUCAAUGAGCAGAAGCGGCUGGCCGACCAGGUGGCCGAGAUCCAGCAGCUGACCAAGAGCGUCAGCGACCGUAGCAGCCUCAACAAGCUCUUGACCUCGGGUCAGCGGCAGCUGCUCCUGUGUGAGACACUGACAGAGACUGUGUACGGUGACCGCGGGCAGCUGAUCAAGUCCAAGGAGCGCAGGGUCUUCCUGCUCAAUGACAUGCUGGUCUGCGCCAACAUCAAUUUCAAGCCUGCCAACCACAGGGGCCAGCUGGAGAUCAGCAGCCUGGUGCCCCUCGGGCCCAAGUACGUGGUGAAGUGGAACACGGCGCUGCCCCAGGUGCAGGUGGUGGAGGUGGGCCAGGAGAGCGGCUCCUACGACAAGGACAACGUGCUCAUCCAGCAUGCUGGCGCCAAGAAGGCUUCCGCCGUGGGCCAGGCCCAGAAUAAGGUGUAUUUCGGCCCCCCGCGCCUCUUCCAGGAGCUGCAGGACCUGCAGAAAGAUCUGGCUGUGGUCGAGCAGAUAACCUUCCUCAUCAGCACGCUGCACGGCACCUACCAGAACCUAAACAUGACUGUGGCUCAAGACUGGUGCCUGGCCCUGCAGAGGCUAAUGCGGGUAAAAGAGGAGGAGAUCCACUCGGCCAACAAGUGUCGUCUCAGGCUCCUGCUUCCUGGAAAACCUGACAAGUCCGGCCGCCCCAUCAGCUUCAUGGUGGUCUUCAUCACUCCCAACCCCCUGAGCAAGAUCUCCUGGGUCAACCGGUUGCACUUGGCCAAGAUCGGACUCCGCGACCAGGAGAGCUGCAGAGGGAGGAGAGAGGAUUUUAAGCGGAGACAGCCCCAGCCUUGGCAGCCAACCGCGGGAAUUCUAGCCCCAGGGAAGGCUGACGUGGCUCCGGGCCGGCCCCCGGAGCAGUCCAGUCUUGGGCACGCCUGAGCUGAUUGUACGCCUGCUCUAAAA